CACAGCCAGAGAAACGCCUCCUCUUCCUCCUCCUCUUUCUGUCUGUGUAUUAAUGUGAAUCUCUGCCACAGCUCAGUCACUUACUGCUAGCUGCUAGUCAUACAAGGUACAUGGCUUCUCAGCGGGUCAUUGUUUACGGCGGAAGAGGAGCUUUGGGCUCAAAGUGUGUUCAGCAUUUCAAAUCCAAUGGUUGGUGGGUCGCUAGCAUCGACAUGGCUGCAAACGAGGAGGCAAAUGAAAACGUGAUUGUGAAGAUGAGCGAAUCUUUCACCGAGCAGGCGGGACAGGUGACAGCAGAUGUGGCCCAGUUGCUAGGGGAACAGAAGGUGGAUGCCAUCUUGUGUGUGGCAGGGGGAUGGGCAGGAGGAAACUGUAGCUCCAAAGAUUUAUACAAAAACGCAGAUCUGAUGUGGAAGCAGAGUGUAUGGACUUCCACUAUCUCCAGCCGCCUCGCCGCUCUGCACCUAAAACCAGAUGGACUGUUGACUUUGGCCGGAGCUAAAGCAGCUCUCUCAGGCACCGGAGGUAUGGUGGGCUAUGGCAUGGCCAAAGCUGCUGUCCACCAGCUGUGUCAGAGUCUUGCAGCAAAAAACAGUGGGAUGCCAGCAGGAGCUACAGCUGUGGCUGUACUACCGGUUACCUUGGAUACACCCAUGAACAGGAAGUUCAUGCCUGAUGCAGAUUUCGGUUCUUGGACGCCGCUGGAGUACAUCGCAGAAACGUUUUUCACCUGGGCCACCGGGGCGAACCGGCCGGCUUCUGGAAGCCUGAUGCAGCUGCUGACCUCUGGCGGUGAAACUCGGGCUGUGCCUGCUCUGUAGAGGACAGAGUGAAGCUGUGGACACCAUGAUUGGGGGUACACAGGGAGGGAGAUGGGUGUAAGCAGAGAGAGGGAGAGAUGAGGAGCGAUGAAGAGGCAGUUAGAGGAUGUAGAGGUGAAGAAGAAAUGGUGACGGAGAAGAGCUGAGAAAAACAGGAGGUAGAGCGGAGACAGGUGGGUUUGUUUUGGACUGGUGAGGAAGAUGGGUCUUAUUUGCAGCUGCAGCCUCACAGCACCAUCUAGCUGUGGCUCUCUACAGUGAUCCCACUGUAAUACAGCAGGUUGGGACACACAUUGAAGGAUGUAUGUUUGCACAAAAAUGUGUUUAAAGUAUUCAGAAUUAUUUCAAAGAUUAGUGAAGUGAAAUUGUGCUAAAUGAGAUGGAUAUACUGCGUCACUGUAUAUCAAUAUGUCAGAACAGUGUUGUUACUAUAUUGUAGAGAAUAGCAGAAAAUGUAUAGUCUUAACUUUUCACCUCAUUUUUAACAAUAUUAUUCUUUCAUAAGAACUCCCCUCCUUGCAUUGCAACAUUAGCUACAGUAAUUUUCUGUAUCAUCUGUGAAAUUCAGCAGCUGAUCGUGCGAGUCUUAUGUGACAUCUGUAGACCUUUUAGUUUGUACCGUUUAGAGGCCCUGACUUCUCUCAAACAGACAAAUGCUGUAGUGGCCUUAUCUUAUCUUUGUAGCCAUCAAGUCAAAGUGUCCUUGUUGUCCGUGGUUUGAGAAAGGUGCUCUACCUGUUCUGGGCUUUCUACAUUGUGUGUUGUGACUGUCAAUUCAAAAUAAAAUGAGUCAAAGCAUUG